CUCGACCGGUUUGUGUCCACGUUCCUGGUUGCAAAGCUCUUCAACGGGCCGCUGGAGGAGUGGAAGCUUAACCUUUCGAGUAUGUCGGUGAAGGGCCGCAGCACUUUGCUGGUCCUCGCGCUCAAGGGAACGGGACUGGACAUUAAAUGGAUGGGAUACGGCCUACGUACUUUCCUCGAGCCGUACCUGGAGAGCACUCACGAUGGGCGGUACUACUUGAAGGACGGCUAUCAGCGGCUGGUCCUGCAGGUGCUCAUCAAAACCGACGGCAGACUCAACCCGGACGGCAGCCUGCGAGACUUGUGGAACCCCCCCGUGGGUAGCGUGCCGUAUGUGCAGCUGCUAAUGUGGUGGUGCAUGCUGCUGGGAAAUGUCGCGGACCGCCUGUUUGGCUCUGGGUCGCCGCACAACUGGGCUGGCAAGCGGGGGCCCUACGGCAAUAACAACCCUGCUCGCGUGGACUGCGCGGGGAGGCCACCAUCGGACAGUGAUGGCAUCGAUGACGACAUAACCAGCAGCAGGAGCAGUGGAGACUUCAAGCACGGAUGCAGCUGCAUCGCCCGCAACAGCAGCAGUCGCAAUGGCCACUGCCGCAGCGGCCUUGGCGACGGA